GGCCCAAGUGCAGCGCCGCGCCGCACGUGUACUUUUACUCGCCUCGAUUUUUACAGUGGUUACGCCGCGUGUGCCUAUAUACUCGUUGCCCGGCUACUUGCCGGCGGUAUAAUUUUACAAAUUGUUUUUAUUGUUCGACAGUUGAUAUUUUAGUGUUAUCAAAAUGUCUAAGCUCUAUGUUCUCUACGAACAUGCCGCUGGGUACGGUUUGUUUUCCGUGCGGGAAUUCGAAGAAGUUGGAGUGCUGUUGCCUCAAGUUGAAGCCUCAGUUACGGAUGUAUCUCGAUUCAACCAGAUUGUGAAAUUGAUCAGUUUUUCACCUUUCAAAACAGCUGUGACUGCUCUUGAAAAUAUCAACAGCGUGUCAGAAGGAGUAGUACCCGAAGAUUUACAAUUAUUCUUGGACACAAACAUAACUAAGAAAAAGAAAGCUGUCUUAGGUGUUGCAGAACCAAAACUUGGUGCCAGCAUCACAGAAGCUCUUAAGAUUAAGUGCGACCACACUGGUGCUAUUCCAGAAAUUAUUCGAGGCAUCCGUACGCAUUUUCCCAACUUGGUUAAAGGUUUUACAGCUAAGAGUGCUGGUGUUGCUCAGCUUGGUCUAGGACACAGUUAUUCUAGAGCCAAAGUUAAGUUCAAUGUUCAUCGUGUUGAUAACAUGAUUAUCCAGAGUAUUGCUUUACUCGAUCAAUUAGAUAAGGAUGUCAACACUUUCAGUAUGCGCAUCAGAGAAUGGUAUGGUUACCAUUUCCCAGAGUUGGUUAAAAUUGUUCCAGACAAUUUAAUGUAUGCCAAAGUAGUCCAGCUUCUUAAAAACCGAAAAGAGUUGACUGAAGAAAAAUUAGAAGCUUUAGAAGAGAUUAUUAUGGAUACAGGAAAAGCUAAAGCCAUAAUUGAUGCUUCAAAAUCAUCCAUGGGCAUGGAUAUUAGCCCCAUUGAUCUCAUUAACAUUGAUAUGUUUGCUAAUCGUGUCAUUGAUCUUGCUGAAUAUAGGAAAGAGAUCGCUGAAUAUCUUAAAUCAAAAAUGACUGGUGUAGCACCAAACUUGGCCACAUUGAUUGGUGAUCAAGUAGGAGCUAGACUGAUUGCCCAUGCUGGCUCUUUGACAAAUCUGGCGAAGUACCCAGCAUCAACUGUACAAAUUCUUGGUGCCGAGAAAGCUUUGUUCAGAGCUCUGAAGACUCGUGGAAAUACUCCAAAGUAUGGUCUUCUUUUCCACUCAACAUUCAUUGGACGUGCUGGCACAAAAAAUAAGGGUCGCAUUUCGAGAUAUUUGGCCAAUAAAUGCUCGAUAGCAUCCAGAAUUGAUUGUUUCUCCGAAAACCCAGUAAAUGUUUUUGGAGAUAAAUUGCGUCAGCAAGUUGAAGACAGAUUGAAAUUUUACGAAACAGGAGACAUCCCUAAGAAAAAUAUUGACGUGAUGCAAGAAGCUAUUGAGGAAGCUGCUAGCAGGGUACCAGAGAAGGAAGAGAAAGAAAAGAAAAAGAAGAAGAAGAACAAAAAGAGGACCAUCGAAGAAGUUGAAGCAGAGUCUGUUGAGCCCGAAGCACAAGAAGAGGUGGAAAAUGUUCAGCCUAAAAAGAAGAAAUCAAAAAAAAAUGUGUAAUUAGUACGUUAUAAAUUAAUUAAUCAUUGUAAUUAGUCGGGUGUAAUUCUAGCAUUUAAGAUAGCUCUUAAGUAAAUGUUUUAUGCAAAUUGUAAGAUAAUCUC